AUGAUCGAAGAGCCGGGUCUCUACCACUGGUCCCUGUACAUGGUGGACGCCAAGGGCGAAGUCGCGCGAUACCACUGGUCGCAGAACGACGCUCCAGCCUCGAAGAACAGGCCCGCCGAGCGCUUCACCGUCAGCGUCGUCAAAGGACCCGUCCGCAAAGUGACCCCAACUAUGCACAUGAUAUUCGGGAUGGUCAAGAUCGAGGCAUAUACCCCGAGGCCGAACACGACGCAUGAAGUCAUGAAAGAGCACCUGCGGACUAUCUUCGAGAGAAGCUAUCGGACGGUGGACGAGAAUCGUGCGGCGGGUAUUACUUGCCGUACGUGGGUGUUUGCCGCGCUUGAGAAGUUGCGCCAGGUAGGAUUACUGCGUCUCACGAGGGAAGGCGCUGCGGGUUUGGAGGGGAAAGUGAAGGGCAUCUCUCAGAACGCAGAGCGAUUGACGAUGACUGGGAGGCCGACCUCCACCGUGAUAUCCAUUUAA